GGGGCAAGGGAGCGGCUUCUCGCUGCCCUUCUCCUGGCCGGCGCCGGGCGGACUGCUGCAGUCGCGAGGUGCGAGCGCAGUGGGCGGGGCACGCCUGGCCGGGACGGGCGGCGGCGCUGCGCUGACGGGUUGAGUCGGGCGGCGGCGGCGGCGGCGGCGGCGGCUGAGGCUGAGGCUGCAGAGGCCACCGAGGCGCUAACUGGGUGGCCGGAGGGCCGCUGUGGCCUCGAGCAGACUCUUCGCGCGGCCCCGCACCACCCAAGCAGCAGCGGGCCGCGUCGCCCAGCCUGCCAGUGAGCUGCCGCGGGCACACCCCGGAGCGGCGGCGACUGCGGACAGGUUAGAGUGGGGGCAGGGGCGGGCGCGGGAGCAGCCCAGGGCCAGAGAGGGAGCCCAAGCCAGGCUAUCUCCAACCAUGUCCGACGAAGCCUCGGCCAUCACUUCCUACGAGAAGUUUCUAACCCCCGAGGAACCCUUCCCGCUCCUGGGACCCCCUCGCGGGGUGGGCACCUGCCCGAGCGAGGAGCCAGGCUGCCUGGAUAUCAGCGACUUCGGCUGCCAGCUGUCCUCCUGCCAUCGCACCGACCCGCUCCACCGCUUCCACACCAACAGGUGGAACCUAACUUCUUGUGGAACAAGCGUUGCCAGCUCAGAAGGCAGUGAGGAGCUGUUUUCAUCUGUGUCUGUUGGAGAUCAAGAUGAUUGUUAUUCCCUGUUAGAUGAUCAGGACUUCACUUCUUUUGAUUUAUUUCCUGAGGGGAGUGUCUGCAGUGAUGUCUCUUCUUCUAUUAGCACUUACUGGGAUUGGUCAGAUAGCGAGUUUGAAUGGCAGUUACCAGGGAGUGAUAUUGCCAGUGGGAGUGAUGUACUUUCUGAUGUCAUACCCAGUAUUCCAAGUUCACCUUGCCUGCUUCCUAAAAAGAAAAACAAGCACCGGAAUUUAGAUGAACUCCCUUGGAGUGCAAUGACAAAUGAUGAGCAGGUGGAAUAUAUUGAGUAUCUGAGUCGGAAAGUGAGUACUGAGAUGGGUCUUCGGGAGCAACUUGAUAUUAUUAAGAUCAUUGAUCCUUCUGCCCAAAUCUCCCCCACAGACAGUGAGUUUAUUAUUGAACUUAACUGUCUCACAGAUGAAAAACUGAAGCAGGUCAGAAACUAUAUCAAGGAGCAUAGCCCUCGCCAACGGCCUGCAAGAGAGGCCUGGAAGAGAAGCAACUUUAGUUGUGCAAGCACCAGUGGAGUGAGCGGUGCCAGUGCCAGCGCCAGCAGCAGCAGUGCCAGCAUGGUCAGUUCUGCAAGCAGCAGUGGGUCCAGUGUUGGAAACUCUGCUUCAAACUCCAGUGCCAACAUGAGUCGAGCACACAGUGACAGCAACCUGUCUGCAAGUGCAGCAGAGCGGAUUCGGGAUUCAAAAAAGCGAUCCAAGCAGCGGAAGUUACAGCAGAAGGCCUUCCGCAAGAGGCAGCUGAAGGAGCAGAGGCAGGCCCGGAAGGAGAGGCUCAGUGGGCUCUUCCUUAAUGAAGAGGUGCUGUCCUUGAAAGUGACUGAGGAAGACCAUGAAGCAGAUGUUGAUGUUUUGAUGUAAUAAGGGUGAAUUUAUCAGCGUUCUUUGUGAGCAUUAACAUACUCCAUCCUUAUUGGUUUACAUGCUUCCUGACCAAAAUUUUGGUUAGGGCUGUGCUGAUAUACCAUUAAUAAUUUAGGCCAGUGGUUCUUGGCAGGUGGUCCCAGGACCUGCAGCUUUAGCAUCACCUGAGAAGUUGGUAUGAAUGCAUACUAGUGGGCCCCACACUCAGACUUAGUGAAUCAGAAACCAACAGGGAGGUGCCUAGCAUUGUUUCUUAACAAGUGCAGGGUUAUUCUGAUGCACACUCUAGUUUAAGAACCACGACUUGAGUAAAUGUUUUGACUGUUUAAAGUUUAUGGUGGUGAAGUGGGCUUCUUCAAAGACUAGUACAUAUACUGUUUAGAAGAUUUCAAGGUACUGCUGACAGUUUAUUAUGUCAGUAUAAAUACAUGCGUAGAGAUCGCAAUUUAGUUCCCUUCUUAAUGUUAUGAUUUCUUAGUUUACUUUUCCUAAAGGACCAUAGCAUAAUUCUUGAUUCCUGGUGGAAAUCUUAUUCUGAGGUGUGGGGGUGGGCAAGGUGUGGAUUGCUGUUUACUGUAGUGCCUUCAUUAGGUUUAGUUCUGUCUGUUUUCAUUCGUUAUUGACUCAAAGGUAUAAGAACAGGCCCUAGUCUUUUUCCCAUUAGAUUUGUUUUUGUUUUUUACUUUAUAUAAGUUCAGAAUCCUUUUUUGUUAAGUGAUGACUACUAAUGAAACAGUGUUACUAGUAGCCAAAUUUUAGACUUGAUACUAUGUUGAUUAAUAUUUAAAUGGUGAAAGUAAUUAGGCAAAAUAAGCAAUUCUGCUUUUCUGUUGCUUUCAGAAAUUUUAGGCUGUAAAAUUGUCUCAGGCAGGAAAUCAGUCUAUAUCUCUCUCAUGUUCUUAUUGUAGUAAUUUUUUUUUCAGCACAGCUCUAAUUUUUAAAUAUUUGGUGUAACAUCUUCUGGCAUGUGACCUAGUUAAAAAUGUUGAAAAUUAACUGAUGAAAACCCUUAUAGUUCUGCUAAACUUCUCUAUAAAUUGCUAGAAACAUACAGAGCAAUGAGAUACAGAAAACACCUUAGCUUGUUGGUUAUUAAUAGAGCUCUAAUUUUAACUGUGAAAUCAUAGAGUUUCUUUAAAUGUUUUCAUAGAGAGUUUGUUAUGAACAUUAGAAAUAGAGUGAUUCCUUUUCUUCUACCACAUGUCUUGAACAUUCACAUGGGUUGAAGAUGGAAACUGAUACUACUGACAAUCAAGCUGCUUUCUGGCUUUCAUAAUUUUCAUAUUGUGGAUAGCGUUUUGAAGGUGAUCGUGAUUCUGUAGGAAGAGCUGUAAUCAAUAUUUUUCAAACUCUAGAGUACAGAGGUUAAUUAGAUUUCUACUUUUUUUUUACUUUUUGUUAUGUCAAGUAGCUUAUUAAGAAAAAGAUUCAUGACUUAAAUUCUUAAUUCUCAGUUGAUACAAAGGCUUGUAAUCAUGUUUUAAAAUUUUGAUUUCAUUUUGGUUCCUAAAGGUUAAAGAAUGAAAACUGAGGAUAAAAAUUAAUACAUUGCAGCUUUGCCAAGGUCUGUGGUACGGCCAUAACCCUCAUUUGAAAUUUUUACUAAAAUAAAACAUAUAUGUGCCUAUGGCUUUCAAUUGGAGUAGUCCUUACUUUCCCCCUCCCCUUCUUUGGUUCUCCUAACCAGCUUAGAGGACCCAAAGAGAGCUUGGGGAUAGACACCAGAAUAUUCUGUGGAGAUGGAACAACUUAACCUCAUUGUUUUCCCUUCCAAGUGUAGAAAGAGAGCAGAGUAACUGUAUCUAAGUUCUCUACCUGCUCUCAGCAAAAGCAAAAUCCCACAAAAUGAUUGCCUGCCAUCUAUACCUAUUUAUUCUUCAAGGGAAACAGACCACUUUUGGAGACCAUAGAGCAGCAUUAUCUGUUCAAAUGGUUAGAAACGAUUUACUUUACAGUGACCAGUAAAAUGAAAUCUUAAACAAGGUCAUGAUGUAAUUUAAGAUAAACUCCUCUACUCUCCCAAUAAUCACAGAGUCUUAUUACUUUCAGUUUAACUUGAGUCACUAGUAAACAAGUUUACCAAAGUGCCCCAAAGUCAAUUUUUAAAGUUUCUAAAGUUUUGAAUGUUUAUAGAAGUGCAUCAUGAAAUUUUGUGUAAAUCCAGAUUUACACAGUGUCAUUAUAGUACUAUAAAUUAGAGAUCGUCCAUAAAGUUGGGUUGAAGGCGAUUGAAAAUAUUUCCUUUGAUUAAAAGAAAAUAAUUAAAUAAGUUGGGCUUGCUUAUGAUCCAAGAGGGAGAUUAAAUAGUCUUCUGUCCCCCCAAAAAAGAAACUAGCAGAAAAAGACAUAGAAAGCUCUUUUGUCUCUGUUCAUGUGCUAUACUUCUUUUCUGUUUUAAUAUCUCAUAUAGAUAAUACAAAGUUUGAACUGCUUUUUUUCUUGGAGCAAGUAAUAAUUUAUUCAAUAUGGUAUAUCUGAGUUCAAUUUAAAAUAAUUCAGUAGAUUAUUUCAAUUUAAAACAAUCUAACCUAGUAAAUUAUUAUAUUAAUUUAAAUACAAAUGCUAACUAACCAGUUAAUAAAGCUAGACUUACUUGCUCUAGUAUUGGUUCUCAUCUGUAGAGAACUGACAUUGGAGCACAUUUUAAGUCUCCCUUUUGAAAAUAAAUCUUGUUAACUGAGGGCGUAAUAAAUUUCCCACAGAUUUAUCCAGAAACAUUUUAUUAGCGAUCUUAUAGUGUAUCUCAGUUCCUACCACAGCUUUUUUAAAGGAUGAGACUUGCAUUUAACAAAACAACAUAUAUAAUAUUUUUCUAUAGUUUUGCAACUGAAUUAAAGGAAGGUGGUGUGUUAUAAUGUGUAGUGAGGCAUAAAGGGCCUCAUUCUGUCCCAACAAGAACUUAGAAUUAAAAUAACAUUUUUUUUUUCGUGAGACUUACCUCAUUUUUGUUAGACUAUGGAAGAUUUGUCCAGUUCCUCUAUCCCUUGGAUAAAUUAGAUAUUGCUGAAUUAAUCUCAGAAACUGACUUAUAAAAUAAUGACUCUUUAUAGAUUGGGUGAACUUCUCAUUUUAUUUAGCUUUUAAAAGUGCUAAAUCCUCUCAUAAAGGAAAAAUUACAGGAAACUACUAUGUAAAGGUAUCCGGAUUCCGAUGAUCUUUAAAAAUUAUGAAAUAUAGCAAGUGUCUUCAUAUUUUAGCCAGGAAUUUAAUAUACAACCAAUAUGGAAGUCUUGUUUGUUUCUGGGUUCUCCAGCAGAGACUUUUUGUUUGUGGCUUACUCUGUGUAGCCUCAUGUGCCUUAAAGGGGUGAACUCUGUACUUUUUGUCAAUAUCAGGCUUUUCAAAACUCAAAAACAAUCCAAGUGUUGUAACUUGUUUUGCAUAAUGCCCAUGGAAUUAGAUAUCAGUAAGCAAAGCCAUUAAAUUGAACCAAUCGAUGGUAAUAGAGUAUAAAACCAAAAACCUUCAAAUCUUAAAUUUCAUUUGCGUAAUGUUAUUUUUGGCCUAGCAAGAUCAUUGAAGAGCCUUGAAAGUUAUCUAAAGUGUGGCUUAAUGUAUUUUUUUUAUCUCUGAAAAAGAUCAUAUGCCAUGAUACUUCUUCAAACCAGAUCACUUUUAAUAUCUGGAAAGAUAAUUUUCAGGGUACAGACAAAAGCACUUAAGGACAGAGAUUACAUAGCAAGUUGAUUCUCUAGGAAUUCUUCAAAUUCAUUUGUGUAAUAGCUGGAACACACUCCUUUAGUUUAACAAAUGACCUUUUAGCACUUCUGUCUUCAAGGAAAACAUUUGUUUGGAAUUGGUGGAGGGUACUCACAGUUUGUUUAUAGUUUGGGACGAUUAAUAGGAAAAUCCCCAGUUGCAUUUAAGUGAUAGUGUUGAUGUUGAGUGUUACUGACUCAUUCAACAUGUCUGAACUAGAAGUAAAUUUAAUCAUGAAAAGUACUAUUAGGAAAUAAGUAUUUGUAUACACAUGUACUGUGGUAACUUUGGAUUCAUUUUAAGUCUGAUAAAGUAAGAUAAACUUUGUCUUAAAGAUAAAAUUAUGCUAAGUGAAUAAAAAUAAUCUGAGAUAUUUUAAGCUAGGCAUCUUUGUUAGCAUAGUAUCUGGAACAUAGCUACUUAUAAUGCUUAGGUCUUAUUUCUUUGGAAAAUAAUUUACUUAUUCCAAAAGGCUUAGAAGGAACUCUGAAAAUUCUUCUAAAUGGCCAUUAAAAAUAAGGAAGUUGCAUGGUACAGCUGAAGAUCUGAGUUGACUCACUAAAAUUUUAUUUUCCUGUUUUUUAACACAAAAUUAUUUAUUUUUGGCUUUCCCUCCAGUUAUUUUUUUAAAUAAAGGUAGUGUUUUAACCUAGAUCAUAUAUAACAGCAAAUUAAAUUUUAAUUUGACACCCCUACCAAACUCAGAAAAACUUAUUUUGUCUUCUCUACAUUCAAUAUAUAGUACUUUUCUUAAUUGUCAGAUUUCUUUGUUACAUCUUUGUGGCCAAGAAAACCUGUGGAAAUUUGUGUUCAUUUUUGUGGUGAGGGAUGGAGGAGAAAAAGAGACUUGCUCUAAUUAUGCAUAUACAUUUUAACUACGUAAAGGUAGUUGUAGACUAUAUUUAUAAAAAACAAGUUAACACUUACUAUUCUGAAUUGUUCUAAAGAACAGUGGUCUGAAGCCAUGACUUGUUUUGUGGAGCUGCUGGCUUUUAACAGUAGCUGACCUGUUGGAUUUAAAUUGAGACUGAAUUUGAGGUUUGUGGUUAGGUUAUCUACCUGAGGCUUUUAGCAAUGGAGCGGUAAUGUCUUUUCCUGUAGUGGAUCCAUUUAAUUUCCUAUUUGAGUACUCUAACCAAGUAUUAUCUAUUCUGAAUCUUUGCAUUGGGAAUUUAAGGACUGUUAUCAAAAACUAUUAAUAAUAAACACAAGUAAAUGCAAAACAAUUCACAGAUGGGUAAAAAUUUCAAAUUGUGGGUUUGUUUUUGUUCUUUUGCUUUUUAGUUUCAAAGAUUAGUUAUGUAGCAGCAAUAUCAUAACCAAAGCAAGUAGGAAGUUGACUGGUUUGGAGAAUCUUCAAGUAGUCAUAAAUGCUGUAAUGUAUCAGAUUGUUAACCAGGAUUUUUUUUCCUGUAUUCCUGCUAAAGGUAUUACUACAUUAAUGCACUUUUGUAUAUAUACCUGUCUUCUGUACAUUCUGUACUUACUACAGUGUAUAUAAAGCCUGUUUUCCCUGAAGCUGUGAGGGAAUAACAAUAGCUGUAUCACAAGUCGUUUCUAUUUUGAGUUCCUUCUUGUACUUAAAAGUAGUUCAAUAGUGAAAUCCAAAUGAGUGUGUAUGGUUGCAAUUAAAACUGGCGAUGUGGCAGAGCUGUCUUUGAAACUGAAUACCAGAAUGAAAAGUGUUGUUUUGGUUAAGAACUCUUAUAAUAUCAUACUGUUUCUUUUGAUGUACCCUGAGUUGUUUCAAACCCCACUCACUGCUGCUUACAACUUAUAUUCUGAAUAAGCUCCUUUCAUGCUCUAUCCCAGAGUAUUUACCAACAGAGAAGAACUGCUUCCAUUUCUUAUGCUCACAGUUUGGUUAUGGCUUUAUAAACCUUUAUUUGGUGAAAGCCCCAGAUACCCAAAUAUCAUUGGCAAAAUACUUUUUUCUGGAGAGAUCAGAUUUCUAGAGAGGUUAGCAUUCAUAGUAGGUGAAAAUUAUGUCUAAUUUUUAAAAAUCCAUACUAUUACUGGGAAGCAGGUCUUAUUUUUGUUGACAAAAAAUAGAUUUUCCUUAUAUAUUGAUUUAGAAUCUUAAGUUAGAAUUUUUUUUUGUUUUUUUUUUUUUGAGACGGAGUUUCGCUCUUGUUACCCAGGCUAGAGUGCAUUGGCGCGAUCUCGGCUCACCGCAACCUCCGCCUCCUGGGUUCAGGCAAUUCUCCUGCCUCAGCCUCCUGAGUAGCUGGUAUUACAGGCACGCACCACCAUGCCCAGCUGAUUUUUUGUAUUUUUAGUAGAUACGGGGUUUCAUCAUGUUGACCAGGAUGAUCUUGAUCUCUUGACCUCGUGAUCCACCCGCCUCGGCCUCCCAAAGUGCUGGGAUUACAGGCUUGAGCCACUGCGCCGGCCCCAAGUUAGAAUUUUAUAAAAGAAAAUGUCUGAGCAGUUUUAUGUAUAGAGGAGCAAUUGAGCUUUUCAGCAGCAACUUUAUCUUUUGCCACUAGAGGGAGAUCUGUGGUUGCUUUCUCCUUUGAAGAAUAGCUGCUUUGCUUUUGUUUUUAAUUUGUAAGGUUGAAAUAGACCUUAUUCUCAAAAAUCCUUUAGUGUUAUUAAAUACUUUCAUUUAUUAGUCAAAAGGUAAGUUAAGCUUGCUUAAUGAUGCCAAUCUUAUUCAUGCUUUUCUGUAAUCUUCAAUUUUUAAUAAAUGUGAGUUAGAUAUUAGGUGAAA